CCCAUUGUAAGCUGUUGUGAAAGGCCCCUCGAAUCAUGCAAAAUGGCUUUCACGAUCUCCCCACCUCUCUCUCUCUCUCUCAUAAAUUCUCAUCCCCACAUGACCAUUUCCUCCUUUGUACAAACUCAUCCAACUCCCCACAUUUCUCUCUUUCCAUUUUUUCCCCAUUGAAAGAUUCAACCCCAACUCUCAAAAACUACAAAAAUAACACCCACUUUUUUCAUCUUUUACACCAUUUUGGUCCCCUUUUUUCAAUUCCCCUUUAUGGGUUUUCUUUGUUAGGGAGUUUUCUUUAUUGGUUUUGUUUUGGGUGGUUUUUGUGUUUUCUUCUUUUCAGAGAAUUUCCUUUUUAUUGUCGUUGUUUUAUUGAAUUUUCCUUUUUUGGAAGCUGAUUUUCACACCCAUGUUUUUAUACAUGCACCCUCUUCUUUUCCCAAAAUCCUCUCUCAAGAAACCUAGUGUAGCCAUCUUGAGGUGUGUGUAAAAAAUUCUGGGGUGUAAAUAUCAAUUCUCUUUCUUUUUGUGUUUGUUGACUUUUGGGUGUUUUUUGUUUUUUGUGUUUUUCUUGGGUUUUGAUUUGUUAAGUUUUGUUUUAUUUUUUGUCUUAUCUGUCUUUUGUCCUGUAUUGGGUCUGAUUUGUCAUUUUAUGGGGGUCAUAAAUGUCUGCGAGUGUUGGGGGUGCUUCUAGUUCAAAAGACAUGGGAUUGGAUGAGAAGAAAGUGUCUGGUACACCUGAGGAGAAUGGAGACUCAGGUGCACCUGCGGAGAAUUUCAAUGGAGAAGAAGAGAGAUUGGACAGACAGACAAGUGAGGUCUCUUACGCUGAAGAGGAAGAUGAUGACGAAGACAAAAGGACGGCCAUUGUGCUGGGCCCACAGAUUACUCUCAAAGAGCACAUGGAGAAGGACAAGGAUGAUGAGAGCUUGAGGAGGUGGAAGGAGCAGCUUCUAGGGAGCGUUGAUAUGGAGUCCGUUGGAGAGAAGCUGGAGGCAGAGGUGAAGAUCUUUGGGAUUUCAAUCCUAUCACCUGAUAGACCUGAGUUGGUUCUAGAAGUUCCGGUGGUCCCGCAGCCCAAAGGCUUAUUAUUUACGCUGAAAGAAGGUAGCCGUUACAGCCUCAAAUUCUCUUUUCUCGUCAGCCACAACAUUGUCUCUGGCCUCACUUACACCAACACUGUUUGGAAGACUGGUAUGAAAGUGGACAGCACAAAACAAAUGCUGGGAACUUUCAGUCCUCAAUCAGAGCCGUACGUACAUGAGAUGGAGGAAGAGACCACACCCUCUGGCAUGUUUGCUAGAGGAGCAUAUUCCGCAAGAACUAAGUUCAUCGACGAUGACGACAAGUGCUACUUGGAGAUGAAUUACACCUUCGGCAUCCGGAAAGACUGGGCCUCAACUAGCUGAAAGUUCCAAUGUGGCCCACUAAGGCCCAUUCGUGACCAUCCGAUCGUUUAUGUUCCGUCUUAAGAGAAUUUCGUUGCAAAUCGGCAUGUUAAAGUGUCGCCCUAAUUCUGUAAACAGCUCCCUUGCUGCCCGAGUAUGAGAUUUACGGCAAUGUAGCACCGGAAUCCGGCACUCGAAAGUCUGUGGGGGCCCGCAACUUUAAUAAGAGAGCUUGGCUAUGGAUUUUAUUUUUUAUUUUGGUAUUUCCUGCAUUUUAUUGAAACCCAAAGUAGGUGAAUGAGAGACCAUUGGUUUGCCAUGUUGGCUUCAUUUCUGUCCUUCAAUGAAUUUUGAAUAUUAUAUGGAUUAUUAAA